AUGACAGAAAAGACGAAUCCUGAUACAAUUAAUAUUGAAGACCUUCCCUCAGAUAUUGUUCAAAGCACUCUACCAUUUUUAUCCCCUAAUGAUCUCAAGAAUCUUUCCCUUACUAACAAAUAUUUUCAUAAUUUGCUAAGUCAAGAUGAGUCUACAACUGUAUGGCAUGAAUUGUUUCAUAAGGUAUUUGGAACGCAACAUACUAAUGAUGAGCCUUUCCAAUCAAAAAACUCUGAGGAAUAUAAAAGUGUAUCAGAAACUAUUUGCAUUAAUACUUACCCAGAUCUUAACUGGCACGAGCGAUUCCGCAAGAGAAGUCAUGACUCAGCAUUUUAUACGUGGGGUUGUCUAAAACACUCGAGAUUAGGUUAUACAGCUAAUUCAAAUCCGAAUUUACUCCAGUCUAAUAUCAAUAACGUUGGCAUAUCAUCCAAAUUUGGUGUGAAUAAGCCAACCAAGGUGCCUUGGUUUAAUAAUGACCCGACUGCUGAUCGAACCACAUCUAUUUCUCCACAAAAUUCCGUAGUUCAGAUAUCUAGUGGUGGGUUCUCAUUUCAAAUAUUAACCUCUUCAGGAAAGAUCUAUUCAACUGGAUCCACAUUUACGGGAGGCCAUAAAGGUCCAGGCCCUCUUGAUUUAGACCAUGAUUAUGAUCCAUUUAGAGACUUUAUUUCUCAUAUGGAAAGUUCUUUUCCAAGACUUCGAGUGCCUGGCCGAGGUUUGGUAAAUACUACCGGAUCUUUUAAUAUACAACGCAUCAGCCCUACCACUACUUCCAAUGCUUCUAUUGGGGAGCCGCAUCCAAAUAUUUAUCAGAAGUUAGAAGAAAUUGAAAAAUACUCUUCUCAGUACAUUCCAAAUAAUGAUCAUAUUAGAAGAAUGUUUACAAGUAAUUGUUUUGCUGCGUUUCAAGUAGAAGAUGUCGCUACAUUUUUUGAUGAAAAAAAUGCUCCAAAAUUUAUUGCUAUUUCUUCUGGGAGAAGUCAUUUUAUUGGAUUAACAGAUCAAAAUGUUUUAUUUUCAUGGGAUUCACCAACAUCAGAUUUUGGGGCAAAAAUUGAAUUUAAAGAUCUCCCAUCAAGAGAAACUAAUCCAAUCUUGAAAAUUGGUUGUGGUUGGAAUUUUUCUUGUAUUUACAUUUAUAAUAUUGGUUUGGUAGUAUGGAGCUCUCGUUCUUCUAUUCAAAAAGGUAUUACAGAAUCAUUUGCAAAUUAUAAAAUAAUUCCAAAUACUUCAGAAUUAUCAGGAGACAAUAAAAUAUUGGAUUUUGCUUGUCUACAAGACAAUACCGUACUAUAUAUCACUACUUCUGGUAAACAGAUUUAUUUGUACAAGGAUGGACAAACAAUCACUUUAGAUCUAGAUAUUAAGGGGAGACUAUUAAAAAUAACAUCCUGUUUUAGUUUAAUAACAAUAUUCACUGAUCAACAUAGCUAUAUGCUAAAAGUUAGUAAUGGGACUAUUGAUUAUACGAGUUUAUCUUCUCUAGAUUUAGAUAUUCAGGGCGAAACAAUAAUCUCAUUAGCUGCCGGAGAUUAUCAUACAAUUGGGCUAAGUCAAAGAGGUAACAUAUAUACAUGGGGUACAGAAAGUCAGCAAUGUGGUUGUUUGGGUCUAGGUGCUCCAGAGUAUAUUGUUACCCAAGCAAUGCUUGGUGAAACUGAAGGUAGAAGAAACAUAAAAGUUUUAAAGCCUACCAAAGUCGAACUAGAAGAGGGUUAUAAGUGCAUUGGUAUCACAGGCGGUGGUUGGCAUUCUGGUGCGAUUUUAAUUAAAAAAUGA